CCCCUGAUGGCACAGUGCCCCAAAAAUGAAUACUUUGAUAAUUUGCUGCUCUCCUGUACUCCUUGUCACCUGCGGUGUUCCAGUGCACCACCGCCCUCCUGUGAAAGCUACUGUGAGAAGAGUACCGAUUCAAGUGGAAUUCUUUGGAUUUGUUUGGGCAUAGGGUUGAUUUUAAUAUUCACUCUGUUUACCUUAAUGGUCCUGUUUAAAUGGAAGCACCUAAAGCAACUAAAAGAAAAACUGGAAAACACAGACUCCUCUGUGGAGCCGAAUAAUAUUCUCAAGGCUAAUACUGAAAGCAGUGUGAAUACAGAAGAAAUUAGACACACACUUCCAAGUGAAACAUUAAUGUAUUCAGUGGAAGAAUGCACUUGCAGUGACUGUGGCUUGGUAAAACCUCAGACCGGCUGUGAGACUUCAUUUCCAUUACCAGCUACUGAAGAACGAGCUGCUGUUCUAGUUACCACCAAAUCUUUUGAUUAUUAUAACUACGUUCUGGGUGUCGGAUGACUGGGAGAGGAGUGUAUUUGUACUGAGUAAUAAUAAAUGAGUUAUUCCAGUAUAGCUGUAAACCUUAAUACUUGCAGUCACUGGAGAAGGUUGUACAUCAUCCAGAGAGAUUUCCUAUUGUGCUUGCAUUAAUAUUGUCAUAUUAUUUCUAAUUCUAGUAUUUAAUUGGUCAAAUAUUUCUACAGUAUUCUCAAGCACUCAACUAGUUAUUAUAAUUUUUAUUUCAGAAAAUCUUUUCAUAGGACAGCUUUUUCUGCCUUUAGAGAUUGUACCUACUUACAGCAGAUAUAUACA